CCCAAAAUAAUAAAUUUUUUGAAAAAAUAGUGUCAGUGCUUAGUGAAUCAGUGUCGCCAACGCAAGAUCUACACGACCGUGUCUAUUUUGGGGUUAGGUUUGUUUCUCAAAAAUUUCAUUUUUUGGCCAUAAUGUCGGUGGAAGAGAAGCUCCAGAUGGGCCCCAGAACGGGGGUGACGUACCCCUUGCAAGUGAUCUACUGUGGCAACUGUUCGAUGCCGAUUGAGUAUUGCGAGUAUUACCCCGAGUAUGACAAAUGCAAACAAUGGCUCGAGCGUAACUUGCCCGAUGAGUUCGAAAAAGUGAAAAUCGGGGACGAGGCGGGCGAGGGAGGUGGCGCUGAAGAGGAAAAAAAGCGUCAGAAACGUGGGGGUAAAGGCAUGAUCAAGACGAAGAAGAAGGAGGACGGGCCGAAGCAGGUGUGUGUGUCGAGGGCCCCCCGCGGCAAGAAGAAGUCGGUUACCGUGGUUACGGGGCUUAGUGGGUUUGAUAUUGAUCUGAAAGUUGCGGCGAAAUUUUUCGGGACCAGGUUUGCGUGUGGGUCUUCAGUCACAGGUGAGGACGAAAUUGUGAUCCAGGGGGACGUCAAGGACGAUUUGUUUGAUGUGAUUCCCGAAAAAUGGCCAGAGAUUGAUGAGGACUUGAUUGAGGAUUUGGGUGACCAAAAGCGAUAACUUAUCAUAAAUUCGUGUAUUUAUACUUAUUCUCAAUACAUUAUGUCGUUUUUCA